AUGUCCAAGGCUAUUGGAAUCGAUCUCGGCACGACCUACUCUUGCGUCGGCGUCUGGCAAAACGACCGCGUUGAGAUCAUCGCCAACGACCAGGGAAACCGCACGACUCCCUCUUAUGUUUCCUUCUCCGACUCUGAGCGCUUGAUCGGCGACGCCGCCAAGAACCAGGUCGCCAUGAACCCCCAUAACACUGUCUUCGACGCGAAGCGCCUCAUCGGCCGCAAGUUCGCCGACGCGGAGGUCCAGGCCGACUUGAAGCACUUCCCCUUCAAGGUCAUCGACAAGGGCACCAAGCCCUACAUCCAGGUCACCUACCGCGGCGAGGAGAAGGAAUUCUCGCCCGAGGAGAUCUCGUCGAUGGUCCUCACGAAGAUGAAGGAGAUCGCCGAGUCGUACCUCGGCACCACCGUCACCUCCGCCGUCGUCACCGUCCCCGCAUACUUCAACGACUCGCAGCGUCAGGCCACCAAGGACGCCGGCACGAUCUCCGGCCUCAACGUUCUCCGCAUCAUCAACGAGCCCACCGCCGCCGCCAUCGCCUACGGUCUCGACAAGAAGGUCACCGGCGAGCGUAACGUUCUUAUUUUCGAUCUCGGUGGAGGAACUUUCGAUGUUUCCCUCUUGACGAUCGAGGAGGGCAUCUUCGAGGUCAAGGCUACCGCUGGUGACACCCACUUGGGUGGUGAGGACUUCGACAACCGUCUCGUCAACCACUUCGUCCAGGAGUUCAAGAGGAAGCACAAGAAGGACCUCUCCUCGAACCCGCGUGCCCUCCGCCGUCUCCGCACUGCCUGCGAGCGCGCCAAGCGCACUCUCUCGUCCGCUACCCAGACGUCGAUCGAGAUCGACUCGCUCUUCGAGGGUAUCGACUUCUACACCUCGCUCACCCGUGCCCGCUUCGAGGAGUUGUGCCAGGACCUCUUCCGCUCCACGCUCGAGCCCGUCGAGAAGGUUCUCCGCGACUCCAAGAUCGACAAGUCGAACGUCCACGAGAUCGUCCUCGUCGGUGGCUCGACCCGUAUCCCCCGCAUCGUCAAGCUCGUGUCCGACUUCUUCAACGGCAAGGAGCCCAACAAGUCGAUCAACCCUGACGAGGCCGUUGCCUACGGCGCCGCCGUCCAGGCCGCCAUCCUUACUGGCGACACCUCGGAGAAGACCCAGGACCUGCUCCUUCUCGACGUCGCCCCGUUGUCUCUUGGUAUCGAGACCGCCGGUGGUGUCAUGACGCCGCUCAUCAAGCGCAACACGACCGUCCCGACCAAGAAGUCCGAGAUCUUCUCGACUUACGCCGACAACCAGCCCGGUGUCCUCAUCCAGGUCUUCGAGGGUGAGCGUGCGCGCACGAAGGAUAACAACUUGCUCGGCAAGUUCGAGCUGUCCGGUAUCCCGCCGGCGCCGCGUGGUGUCCCUCAGAUCGAGGUCACCUUCGACAUCGACGCCAACGGUAUCCUGAACGUCUCCGCCUCCGACAAGACGACCGGCAAGUCCAACCGCAUCACGAUCACCAACGACAAGGGCCGCCUGUCGAAGGAGGAGAUCGAGCGCAUGGUCAACGACGCCGAGAAGUUUUGUUUUGCUCUCAUUCCUCGCGUGAACUUCGUUCGCUUUGCGCUGAAGCUGCUCCCUCAAGUCCAGUAA